AUGUCGGUUAACAUUACGCCAGCAGUUGGCAUCGACCUCGGGACAACCUACAGCUGUGUGGGCGUGUGGCAGAAUGACCGCGUGGAAAUCGUGGCCAACUCCCAAGGCAAUCGCACCACACCCUCCUAUGUGGCCUUCACCAACACGGAGCGGCUCAUCGGCGAUGCUGCCAAGAACCAGGUGGCGAUGAACCCGCACAACACCGUCUUCGACGCCAAGCGGCUCAUCGGUCGUAAGUUCAAUGACCCGGUGGUCCAGGAGGACAUGAAACACUGGCCGUUUAAAGUCAUUCAGGGACCGGGGGAUAAGGUGCGGGGGGGAAGGGGUGGUGGUUCAUGCUCCCACCCGCACCCGCACCCGCACCCGCACCCCCUUCCGCUCUCCAACCCAAGCCAGGCCUAUUUGGGGCCCAACAGCCGUGUACGGCAGGCCGUUAUUACCGUACCGGCGUACUUCAAUGACUCCCAGCGCCAAGCCACGAAGGACGCGGGCACCAUCUCGGGGCUCGAGCCCUGCAGAACAAACAAAACGAAGUUCGUCGGGGCGCUGCAGGUGUCGCUGCUCGCCAUUGACGAGGGCAUAUUCGAGGUGAAGGCCACCAGCGGCGACACGCACCUGGGCGGGGAGGACUUUGACAACCGCAUGGUCGCGCAUUUCGUCCAGGAAUUUAAACGCAAGAACCACGGCAAGGACCUUAGCACCAGCCCCCGGGCCUUACGCCGCCUCCGUACGGCAUGUGAGAGGGCAAAGCGAGUGCUGUCCUCCGCCACACAAACCACCGUGGAGCUCGACAGUCUGUACGAGGGUAUUGACUUCUACGCCUCCAUUACCCGAGCGCGAUUCGAGGAACUCUGCAUGGACCUCUUCACGAAGUGCGUGGAGCCCGUGGAGAAGGUGCUGAAGGACGCGCAGCUGGACAAGUCCGCCAUCCACGAUAUCGUGUUAGUGGGGGGCUCCACUCGCAUUCCCAAGGUACAGCAGCUACUACAGGACUUCUUCCACGGCAGGGAGCUGUGCAAGUCUAUCAACCCCGACGAAGCUGUAGCGUACGGCGCUGCCGUACAGGCCGCCAUUUUAACUGGCACGGGUGGUAGCAAGAUUCAAGAUCUGCUUCUGCUGGACGUAACUCCUUUGAGUUUGGGCAUUGAGACGGCGGGGGGCAUUAUGUCCGUCCUGAUCACCCGCAACACCACCAUCCCGGCACACCGGGAGGAGGUCUUCUCCACCUAUUCCGACAACCAGCCGGGAGUGCUGAUUCAGGUGUACGAGGGCGAACGUGCUCGUACACGCGACAACAAUUUGCUGGGCAAGUUUGAGCUCAGCGGUAUACCUCCGGCGCCUCGUGGGGUGCCUAAGAUUAAGGUGUCGUUCGAUAUUGACGCCAACGGGAUUUUGCACGUGUCCGCGGAGGAGCAGGCCACCGGCUCGUCCAAUCGCAUCACCAUCACAAACGACAAGGGCCGCCUCUCCGCGGGCGAAAUCAAAAAGAUGGUGGAGGACGCGGAGAAGUACGCCCGAGAGGAUGAUCAAGCCCGCAAAAAGGUGGAGGCACGCAACAAGCUGGAGGGGUUCCUGUACGGCAUCCGUAAUAAGCUACGCGAGCCCGGUGCUGGCGACCGCCUCACGCCGGAGGAGAAGCACACGUUGGACACGACGCUGGACGAGGCCCUAGGGUGGCUGGAACGUAAUCAGUUGGCGGAGGUGGAGGAGAUGGAGCACAAGCAGCGAGAGGUGGAGGAGGCACUGGGCACCAUCCUGUCCAAGGUGUACGGCGCCGGUGGCAGUAGCGGGGGUGCAGGUGGUGGGGGUGGGGGCGCCGCGGGUGGCGGCCGGCCUGUGGUUGAGGAGGUAGAUUAAUAAAUACACACACGCACGCAUCUCGCGUCGUAGUACCGAGCAUGGGUGAUUCUCCGUUCUUGGAGUACGACUAAUCGUACCGCUACAGGCCAUGGUCAUUCCCCAGUGUAUUCACGUCUGGGAAUUAAAAAAGCCAUAUGACUGUGUGCCAUAUGAGUGUGUGUAUUUGCUGUGUGUGUAAGGUUUGGGGUGGGGGGAGAAGAGGGUGUGUGUAUUCAGGUUGAUGGGAAUGACGGGUGGACGUACGGCGCUUUCGGGAUCUGGAUUCAAUAAGAUCUGGAUUGAAUAAUAAGUCUCUUUUAACGUUGUUGUUUAUGAUGGUUGAAGGAAGUAAACUUCUUAUUACGUUUAAAAGCACUGAUGUCUGCAAAAAUUGAGUUUUUUUUAGCAAAUUGGGAACUGUGUUUCAAAACUGUUGGUUUUGAAUUGUUGUUGCGGUGUUGUACCAUGGUUGUCUCGUGGCGGUGUUGUACGGUUAUCACGACGCUGUACGACGAGCGGUGUGUCCGUCGGAUACCGCCGCCGCGAGCUGGCAUCAAAAAACCGCUGUGGGGCUUCCCCGGCGCAAAAUGUAUAUGUACAGCUCCGUCACCUC